AUGGGGUCUUUCUUGAGCUCCAGUCGAGGCUCUGGGUCAGCAGGGGCUUCCCCUGGAUCCGACACAAGGCAAGGCACUCCCAGACGCGCUACCCCCAGGAAUUCAGCAGCCAGCAGCAGGGGAGCUCUAUCCCCCAAAACUUCGCAAGUGGACAAGAGCGCAAGCACAGGGGGGGCACGCGCCAUUGGUAGCAGUGCCUCGAGCACGGGGACGCAGGAAAAAACAGCCACUCCCACUGGUGGGAACCCCUCCCGCAGGACUGCUCCUGCUGCCAAGCCUGCGACGGCUGCAGCACCUAAGCGCACGAAGACAAAGCCCGAUAAAUCUGCGGCUGCAGCUCCUAUUAAGGUGGCAGUCGAGACGUCCUUGCCCAAGCCGACGAAAUCCAGCAGCAAAAAAACCCCUAAGAAGGCAGAGCCUAAGACACCAAGGCAGGUCAAACAGGAGGAUGAUCUGAAGGCUCUCCCUGUGCAGCAGCGUGCAGAGGGGCAAAAGAAGCGCAGCGUGUUGGUAACGGUGGCACCAAGCAAAAGCAAGAUCACACCCAAAACAGAAAACGCUAAAUCUCCUGCGCCCAGCAGCAGAGGUGCCAGCAAGUCCCAAGCGGCGACCACAGCUUCUAAAAAGCGUAAAGUAUUGGUAGCACCCGAGGCAGCCAUGAUGAAGGGGGAGUGCACAACUCCAAAGCGAUGCGAUUAA